AUGGCAGUGUUCCACCUCGUGAUGAUCACAACUGGGCGGGCACAAGUCGUGCAGCGGGUGAUACAUGGCAGCAGUGGAGUGAUGGAUGGCAAUCUCGCCGAUGGGAUCACUCUUGGGGUGGCGACAGGUGGAGCUGGAACGAUUCUGGGUGGGCUCAGAAUGGCGGCUCUUGGCCUGUCCGUGAUAGGUCCAGACAGGGACUCCAAGGAAUCCUCCUUGGACCAAUGGGCUCGACGAGCUUCCCUCGAUGACUCGAGGGGCCUUCCGGAUGGAACUUGGCCUGAUGGAUGGGGGCCUUCUACAGAAGGCCAGGGGCGAGCCGAGCGUCCAAAGAGGGAAGAGGGCAGCCGAGGACCCUCAGAGAAGAUGGUGGUCCCCACCUUUUCGGGGACGACGCCUGGCAAUGGCGAUGAUCUGGGCACAUCUGCCCGCUCCUACUUGCGCCAGGUGGCCGCUUGGCGGAGGAUGACCCGUAUGAGCGAAGAUCAGCAGGCCUUGACUCUGUACCAGAACCUUACAGAUCGAGCUUGGAUUGAUGCAGAGCGUCUGGACAUGGACAGGCUUGCAACGAAGCAGGGAGUAGACUACCUCAUCGAGUGGGUGAAGGACAGAUACCUAGAUGUGCAAGUGACGCAGAUCGGGCGCAGCUUGUCUGGGUUUUUUCGAGGGCUACAUCGCAAAGCGCACCAGACAGUGCGCGACUACCUUGCGGAGUUCGACCGCGCCCAUGCAAGGUUGACUGAAGUCGGUUGUGUACUACCAGAUGUUGCAGCAGCAUGGGUGUUUGUGGACCGUAUGGGCCUUGAAGAGCAGGCCGAACUCAAUCUCCUGGCGUCGGUGGGUAACCAGUACAGUCUUAAAGCCCUUCAACAAGCAGCUAUAGUGCAUGACAGGGGUCUUCGGAAGCCUUGGGAACAACAACCACGCAAUCCCAAAAAGGAGUGGACCCCCCGAAAGCCCUUCACUGCGAACCUCGCCGGCAUCGAUGAAGGCGAGGAGCUUGGAGACGACAACGGCUUCGACCCCAGCGACCAGGAGGAUUGCGUCAGCGAAGAAGUGGCCCAGGACCUUUUCCAGGCUUUCAUGACUCACGAAUCCGCGAAACAACGUUAUCGUGAAAAUGCAAAGCUUCGGGGCAGUGAUCCUGACAGCCUCAAGCAGUUGGCCAAUGACAAGUUGAAAGCAGCUAAGGCGAAGUCGUUUUGUGCUGGAUGCAAAAGGCGCGGGCAUUGGCACAAAGACGCGAUCUGCCCCCUGAACAGGGGAGGUCCCGAGGCCACUGGUGGCGCGGCCGACCGGGAGAAGUCGAGUGCUACCACGGCGGCGGCCACAGCGACCUCAGCAAGGACUCAGAGCGGCAUGACUGUGAGCAGCCAGUAUCCAUGCCAUGUGGUUCAUGUGACUUGGGAGAUCGAGGGCUACAGGAAUAAGGACCUGCUGGCCAUUACGGACACGGCGUGCUCGCGCUCCGUUGCAGGAGCGGCGUGGGUGGACACCUACUUGAUCGAGGCUCGCAGGCUCGGGUGUGAUCCUCAAUUCACCUCGUGUCGGGAGGCCUUUAAGUUCGGUGCUUCCAAAAUCUUCGUCGCCAGCUACGGGAUCAUUCUUGGGUUUGAGAUGGGUGGCUUCAAGGUGGCAUUGAAGGUCGCGGUCGUGAAUGGGGAUGUUCCUUUGCUCGUAUCCAGAAGUGCACUCGGGAAGAUGGGAAUGCUUCUGGACGUGGCGGAGAAUCGGGCUUCCUUCAAGGCUUUGGCCGUCGAGGACCUCUUGCUCGAGACCACCGAGACAGGACACCCGGCUUUUCAGAUCAAGCCUUCACCGCUCCCCAAAGCCGUUGUACAGGGCCCAAACUGGGACACUGCAGAGAUCAAGAUCUUUUCGCAGGCUGAGCAAUACACGGGUCCGCCAGGGGUCAUGGGUGUUCUACACGGUGAUGGCGAUGCUGCUGGUGAUGCUUCAUCCUCUCCGAGAUCCGAGAAGUGUAUGACUAACUGGAUGGUGUCCGUGCAUGGUGACGACGUGGAUGGUGAUGGAGUCCUACCACAUGGAGAAUUCCCGGCUGUGCAUGGUCUUUGGAGUGAGCGUGCCACCCUUUGCACAACGAUGGCCAAGAGAUCGGACCUCUACACGGCACCGAUGGUGAUGCGAACCAAGACGCUGUCCGAGUUCAACAAGGCCGAGCUUCUGGAGGAGGCGAAGGCCAGGAACCUCUGGGUGAACGACCGUUGGUCGACCGUGGAGCUGCGAUCGGCAAUCCAAGAGGAUCGCCGCAAUCCGUCCCCCAACGACCCGGCGAAUGCGACGAAGGGCAUGGCGUCGAUGACACUCGACCAGCUCAAGACCCGUGCCAUGGAGCUGGGAUACCAUCUUCCCCCGCACGGCACCCGCGGCACGAUCAUGCGGAUCUUGAGGGACCAAGGGGGAAUGAGUUCGCAGUCCAUUCUGGGCUUCGGACGGUUCGCGGGGAAGGCCUUCGAGGACACACCAGUGAGCUAUCGAACGUGGGCUUUGCGCGAGGUGGAGAACAACGACAACCCGUCCGAGGACCUGGUGAUGUUCGCGAACUGGUGGCAGGGACAGCUCCACAAGUGGAACGACAAGGUACCGGAGAAGCCCCCGGUGGACCGUUUCGAUGCGGAGGUGUGCGCGACGAUUCCCUACGUGGAGGACGCAAGCUCGACGGCAUCUUGGGACGUGCUACAGCGGGAAUCGCUGGCGGCACCUAUGACUCCCCAGCCCAAGGCCAAGAGCGGAGGCUACUCAGCGCAAGCACCACGGACACCGCCAACGAGACGCCCAGCCGAGGAGCCGGCGAUGCCUACCACCGCGAGGAUGGAGCAGGAGAUCCCACCGGAGGUCGACGAGGAGGUUCGCUUCUUGGAGGAGGUGAAAGGUGGACACCACGAAGGCUCUGAAGGCGAAGUACAAGAUCAAGGUGUGUCCUACUACCUCGAGGGCGCCGAUGACGACACCGACGCUGAUGACGAGGGCAACUACGACGACUUCCUCGACUACCUUGGAUUCGACGACGCGGUGGUGUCGUAUGUGGCGGAGGAGAAGGACGGUGGAGUCGAUAUAAACCUUGGAGGCAGUGGGGACGUAGUCCAACGUGAGACCCCCGAGGUACGAGGUCGCCAUGGACGUGUUCAAGCUUGCGAGGCGGCGGCGAAGGCAAAGCUCGAGAAGAAGGAAUACACCUAUGAGGACCUCUUGGAGAUCGCCAGACUUCUUCCGCUACGCAAACUUCGAAAGGGGAAGGCGCUCUGCCGCAGCGGGGGCUGCAGCUUCGAGUACCUCUUGGGCGGCAUGUACACCCAUGGAAGCAUGAAGGGCCUUUCGAGGCAGAGUGCUGAGAUGCCGUGGGUGGUGAAGUACAUGAACUCCUUCAUGAAGGCCCAAGGGCAUGGACAGUGGAGCUCCUUUGUCCUUUUCAAGAAUGCGGCGACGAGUGUUCAUGCGGAUUCACACAAUUUGGCCGGGACAACAAUCAAGACUGUUUCCUUCGGGCCCUUCACCGGAGGCGAACUUUGGAUGAGCGACCCUAAUCGAGACCCGAGCAUCCCAGGCACCGUGUGGAGGAAAGACACUGGCGGGAACGAGAUCCCGGGCUACCUCGUGAACACCAAGCACCAAGUCUACACCUUCGAUGGAAAGGCAAAGCACGCUACCCAGCCUUGGGUCGGGGAGCGAUGGGCCCUGUCGCUCUACACUACGCGGGGAUAUCAGGAAAGUACGGCCACCCUCAGGGAUCAACUUCGAGAACUUCGUUUUCCCCUACGUGGACUUCCUCUUCUUCCUGAAGCCCACGGCCAGGCCCCAGGCAGGUUCGUACGACCUGUGAAGAGUAUGCGAAAGAGUUUGUGGAAGAAGGCGAGCAGGUUGGCAGCCCUGACUACUUGGUGUGCUACGGCGGGACUGUCUUGCGCCGCCGAAGCUUUUCCUCUGACGAGGGGAAGGGAGGCUGUGGCUUUGUAUGAGAUCGGUGGAGUUGAAAAGACACUUGAGGUGACCAGUUUGGAUUACCUCGUGGCGGAGCCCCUCGACAACCUCUACAACUUCUCGGCUUCGUCGGUCUGCGAGACCGUCCAAAGUACGAUCCGCGAGUUCACCGCCGCCGUGGUGUGGAUUCACGGUGAUAAGGCCACCGGCUACCUGGACGGCAUCUACGACUACUUGUGUGAACACGUUGACAAGGGACGGCAGCUUGCAGUUAAAGCACCACCCGGAGAUCCCUGUUGGGAGUCCCCCGGACUCAACAAGAUCUUGAGACGCUAUGAAGGAGCAUGGUGCUACAGAGAACAAGAACCAGACGUGCUCCGCGUGAACGACCUCUUCUGCCACCACGACAACGCGACCGACGGCCACGUGAUCUCGCAGUUCAAUGCCUACGUCGCCGACCACACAACCGGCGGAGCUGAAGGAGAAAGUGAAGGUCUGCCCAUCAAAUCGGGAGCCGAAGCGAUCUCCUUCGAAAAGGGGAAGAACCUGGCGCCCGAGGUCAAGUCAUCUCUUCGAAGGCUCCACCAGAACUUGGGACAUCCGUCCAACAUUGACCUGGCGCGCCAUUUACGAUUGGCUGGGGCUGACCCUGUGGUGAUCGAUGCCUGUAAGAGGAUUCGCUGUCAAGUUUGCCAGAGGAACAAGAGGGGUAGCACCCCGAAGCCUGCCUCUUUGCCUACUUUGCUUGAGUUCAAUCAGGUGGUUGCCGUGGACGCGUUCUACGUCUACGACUGCGAGGGCACCAAGGUCGAAUUGAUGAUGGCCAUCGAUGUGGGGACAGGUUUCGCGCUCGCUGGAGAACUUCAAGGGCAUUCUACCCUAACUAUGGAAGCGACUUUCUGUUCUUUGUGGAGCAACACCUUUGGAGCACCAGGCACUCUCGUGGUGGACUUGGAAUCGGGCCUACAAGCAGGCCUAGGGCGUUAUAGCGAAUGGCAUGGUACCUUCAUCCGGCCCAUCGCAGGGCAGGCCCACUGGCAGAACGGUACAGUUGAACGAGCAAUUCGGACUUGGAAAGAGGUUUGGGUCAAGCUUGUGGACGAGAGGUCAGCCAACGCCGAUGAAGCAAACAUGGUGAUCACGGCGGUCAACAGUGCUAUGAACACCCUACGACGCGAAUCGGGAUUCAGCCCAUCCCAAGCGGUGUGGGGAAGAGACCCGAAACUCCCCGACGAUAUCCACCACUCCUUCCAGGACGACCACGUGGAACACAUCAUCAGCCACGACCGCCAACGAGCCCGGGAGCACACUUUGCGGAUAGCUGCCAAGGAGUGCUACUACAGGCUGACUUUCAAAGAGAGCAGACAGAACUUUGUAUAG